GUUCCAACCUUCUGAACUUGUUCUGAACUGCCGAUUGCUGUGCGCUAUCCUCGCCGCUCGGUCUCAGCUUCGAUCGUAGGUCUUCAGGAUGUGUGCCGACGUGAAGAGUGCACACAGCUUUUCGAAUGUAUCAACGCACAAGUGUAAAUCCCACUCUUCUGCCGUGAAGACAGUAAUGCGCCGUGCUGCUUGUCUGGCUCUCGUCAUCGGAACAUUGUCGUACCUCUUCCUAUCGAAAGGCUGCAGUUACCGAGGGUUAAUCCAUACUAACUCCAUCAAAUUAGAGGAUGCUACGGAUCUGUCAUUGCUUGGACCAGUUGGUACCGUCAAAUGGUACGAAUGUGAAGGGGAAGGAAUCCUCCCAGGCGCUGAGUGUGGCCAUAUCAUGUAUGUAUCAUUUUAUUCUAUGCAAUACAUCUGCCGCUCAAGCACCCACAGAGUUCCUCUCGACUAUUUCGACACGACUGCAGGGGUCGCAAAGGUCGCUCUAGGAAGAUAUAACGCCACUCGCUCCCCCAGGAAAGGUAUCGUCCUGCUGAACCCCGGCGGUCCCGGAGGAUCAGGCACGCCUCUUGCCACUGUUAGAGGUCGUGAUCUCCAGAGUGUUGUCACCGGUGAGGACUACGACCUCAUUGGAUUUGAUCCUCGCGGAAUUGGCAAGACAGAACCGAGCACCAAUUGCUUCGAGACGCCGACCCGUCGAGCGUUGUUUCGCCACAACACGGUCCUCGAACGAGGCUUCCAGAGCCCUCCGAACUUUACCGAUCCGCGUACUCGUGAAUUCCUAGUCUACCAGCAACAGGAAGCCGAGGCUUUGUAUCGAGCUCAGUUCGCGCUGUGUGCGCAGACUAUGGGCGACAAGUUGAAGUACAUGGGCACCAGUACCGUCGUCCGUGAUAUAGACUUCAUUACUCGUACCUUGGAAGGGGAAGAUGCGCUUAUUAACUUCUGGGGUGCAUCAUAUGGCACGAUUUUGGGCCAAUACCUCGUGAACAUGUUGCCCGAUCGCUUAGGGCGCGUCGUCAUUGACGGUGUCGCUGAUGCUGUUGCCUGGACUAGUCAGCCUCCUUAUAAAUGGUAUCGCACAUGGUUGAGCAACACCACGGACGCCUACAACAUGUUCCUAGAUGGAUGCUUCAAGGCAGGACCUUCGGAGUGCGCCCUGGUAAACGCCAAAGACGAAAGUCCCUCUGACAUUCGUAAUCGUCUGGAAGACUGGCUCGAUGAUCUCUUCAUGAAUCCUAUGGCCGUCCCUAACGCCACCAUGCCAAGCAUUCUCACUUCUGGAGCAGCAAGCAAGUAUGUCUUCAGCAUUCUCCAACGUCCCAUGGGAUGGCAAUACGGCGCAAAGGUCGUCGCCAAAGCGAUGUCCGGCGACGCGACCGAAAUCGUAGACAGUGACUAUCAGCGUCUAGGUUCCGAUCUCCAGCGCUCGGCUGUCUCUUGUAACGACCAAGCACCUCGUGCGAAGCCCAACUCAGAAGACGUAGCAGAUGAGGCAUUAUAUGUUCUUCAGCAUGUGUCAAGGUUCGGUAUGGGUGUGUACUCAGCAGAGCCGGAUUCGGGUUGCGAGUAUUGGCCCGUAACGCCUCCAGAGAGGUUCUCAGGCCCUUGGAACCACACGUUGAGGAACCCAAUCCUGAUCCACAGCAAUAUCGCCGACCCGGUCACUCCCAUCGUGAAUGGACGCGCUGUAUACAAUAUCCUGGGACCAAAGAACGCUAGGCUUGCGGUUCAAAACAGCUCUGGGCAUUGCUCCAUCAAUACCCCUUCGCUUUGCUCGGCAGAUAUCACAAGGAGCUAUUUCGCGGAUGGCACCCUCCCACCUCAGGAGCAUGUCUGCGAGGUUGACAUGCUUCCCUUCCCCGAUAACUCUAGGGUCAAGACAUAUUCAGCGGAAGAAGAGGAGAGGCUAGAUCAGAUGCUGCGUGUAGCUGGUACGCUGAACGCGUUGAGACAUGGAGGGGUUCCAUAGUGUAGUUGUGUCUGACCCUGCAAUUUCAUUUCUGGCUACAUAU